AGCCGGUUCAAUUUCUAGCCCGUCAGAGGGAAUUGCCUGGAUCCUUGUUCACAGCCAAGGGGCACUAGCCUGCCUCCCCUAUCCCGUGGCGGGGAGAGUAUCUCGGACAAAUGACGCAUCCUGGGGGGGGCGGAGGAGCAGCCAACCAUGCCGAGAAGCAUGUGUUUUAGGUAGAAAGUCGCUCAAUGACUCAAAUGUCAGGUCCACUAGAGUGCCUGGACGCCCUAAGAUUCGGACGACGGAUCUUCAGGGACUGAUCUAUUGGAAGUGAGGGAAAAAUUGGGGGUCGUCAGGCCGAAUAACCAGGCACGGGAUCUGCCAGAUUCCCACGGAACGCAGACAGGCAGCAACCAUGAGACCACGUCAACCCAAUUACUUGCGUGAACGGGAGGAGUAACCAUACUGUGCGGAGGGCCGAGAUGCAGGCUGGGGUACGUUGCCGGCGAGGGGGACGGGCAUGGGCAAGCGAGGUAGAGGUGGAGGUAAGAUACUGUGUACAAUACGGGCAGUGACGGGGAGGGGCAGCGCGAUCGGGAGAUGCCGUAAGCGCCCCCACGAGAACCACUCUUGCUCUUUCGGCCUCUCUUCCUCUGCUUUUUCCUCCUCGACUCUCCUGCUGCAGCAUCGUCCUUCCACGUCCAGCCAUUGCGGUAAGUCCCCUGUCCACCCUCGCGCGUUCCUUGCCGGGUUUCCUGCACACCUCCGGGAUUCCUCGUAUUUUCGAUUCAUCGAGAUCGUCGGGUGUCUGCCUGACGCCGUGCCCUUUGCCCUAACCUCCGCGUCCACCGGUCGAGUCGUUAAAACUCUGCACCGCACCUUUCCCUCCUCCUCCCACUUGGACCCCCCCGGCCCAGAAAUUAAAUCUCGCAUCCCUGUCGUUUCUCGUUGGAGCUGUCAUACAAGCUUGCUGAUCCGUUGGCUGCUCGCGUCAGAUUUCUCCUUCUUGGGAAAAACCUUUUUUUUCCCCUCAUUCAACUUCCACGUCGCAUUUUCUAGGCCUUUGGAAUCCACCAGUUCCAAAGGCUCCCGGUCACCACGGCUCACGUAGCCUCGCAUCUCGUUCUUCGUCACAUUGUAUCUCCGAGACGUCUCCGCGACACUCUUAACAACAUUCCCCCUCCUGCUGGUCUCGUUUCCUGUGUCGUCCGGUGCGCCCUUU